UAUAGUUGUGAAAAUAAAUGCUGUGCAGAAUGCGAAAUGUAUGAAGGGUAAAUUUAAGCACGUUCUGGUAACAUUCCGUUAAUUUGACACUGACAGCUGUGACAGUUCGAAACCUUCAUGCACUCAGUUGACACAAAACGCAAUGACGUUCGGCUGAGAACGGUGGUCCGGUCGUGUGUUCGUGUAGUCUAGCGAAUUCAGUGAAUUUGUAUUUCCGAAUCCACCGGCGUUCAGCUCGUCACCGCGCGUUGCCAUGGCGGACGAGGAGAAUAACUGUGAUGAUGGUGGUGGUGAUCUGAAGUUAGGGCAGGCGUUCCGGCAGCGGGGCCGAAAGGGUGCCCUGAAAAAGAAGAAUGUUUAUUUCGUGAAGGAUCACAAGUUCAUGCCGAGGUUCUUCAAGCAGCCGACGUUUUGCUCGCACUGCAAGGAUUUUAUAUGGGGUUUCGGCAAACAAGGCUUCCAGUGUCAAGUAUGCAGCUUCGUGGUCCACAAGAGAUGUCACGAGUAUGUCACGUUCACGUGCCCAGGCGCAGACAAAGGGGCGGAUUCCGACGACACGCGUACGCGGCACAACUUCCGCGUCCACACAUACGCGUCACCAACAUUCUGCGACCAUUGCGGGUCGCUUCUCUACGGACUGAUUCAUCAGGGGCUCAAGUGCCAAGCAUGCGACAUGAACGUGCACAAGCGGUGCGAAGAGUCGGUGCCGAACCUCUGCGGCUGCGACCACACAGAGCGACGCGGACGCAUACAGCUCACCGUCACUGCCACGGGCAACAAGCUCACUGUCGAAGUAAAGCAAGGCCGCAACCUGAUCCCGAUGGACCCGAACGGUCUUUCCGACCCCUACGUGAAGAUGAAGCUGAUCCCCGACUCCGACAACGUCAAGAAAAAAACCAAGACCAUCCGGAGCACUCUCAACCCUGUUUGGAACGAGACCCUUACCUUCGAUCUGAAACCUGAGGAUAAGGAUCGCAGGCUUCUUAUUGAGGCAUGGGAUUGGGACCGCACAUCUCGCAACGAUUUCAUGGGCUCCCUAUCCUUCGGGAUCUCAGAGCUGAUGAAAGCGCCCGCCGACGGCUGGUUUAAGUUCCUCACUCAAGAAGAAGGCGAGUUCUACAACGUGCCAGUACCCGAGGAAGGGGCUGACCUGGCUCAGCUGAAGACUCAGAUGAGAGCGACCACUGUGGGGGCUAGACGGGCCCCCCCACCGCCAGAUAGGGAGGUCCCACAUAACAUGGCGGCCUCCGAUGUUAUCCGAGCAUCCGAUUUUAACUUCAUCAUGGUGCUUGGCAAAGGAUCGUUCGGAAAGGUAAUGUUAGCCGAGCGCCGCGGCACAGACGAGCUUUACGCCAUCAAGAUCCUAAAGAAAGACAUUAUCAUUCAAGACGACGAUGUCGAGUGUACGAUGGUGGAAAAGAGGGUCCUCGCUCUUAGCAGCAAGCCACCUUUCCUUGUGCAGCUGCAUUCCUGCUUCCAAACUAUGGAUCGCCUAUACUUUGUGAUGGAGUACGUGAAUGGUGGAGAUCUGAUGUUCCAGAUCCAACAGUGUGGGAAGUUCAAGGAACCUGUUGCUGUGUUCUACGCAGCGGAGAUAGCUAUCGGACUCUUCUUUUUGCAUUCUCGAGGCAUCGUCUACCGAGACUUGAAGCUAGACAACGUGCUUUUAGAUCAAGAUGGUCACAUCAAGAUUGCUGAUUUCGGGAUGUGCAAGGAAGGGAUCAACGGCGACAAAACCACCAAGACCUUCUGCGGCACCCCCGACUACAUCGCGCCAGAGAUCAUCCUGUACCAGCCAUACGGCAAGUCCGUGGACUGGUGGGCGUACGGCGUACUGCUGUACGAGAUGUUGGUCGGACAGCCGCCGUUCGACGGAGAAGAUGAGGAGGAACUAUUCGCUGCCAUCACUGAUAACAGUGUGUCCUACCCUAAGACACUCAGCAAGGAAGCCAAAGACGCAUGCAAGACUUUCCUAAUGAAGAAUCCUCAGAAGCGUCUCGGCUGCGGCCUUAAGGGUGAAGAAGACGUCCGCACGCAUCCCUUCUUCCGCCGUAUAGACUGGGCACGCAUAGAAGCGCGCGACGUUCAGCCGCCUUUCAAGCCUAAGAUCAAACAUCGCAAAGACGUGUCCAACUUCGACAAGCAGUUCACCACGGAGAAGACCGAGCUGACGCCAACAGACAAGCUGUUCAUGAUGAACCUCGACCAGACGGAGUUCAUGGGCUUCUCCUUCCUCAACCCCGAGUAUGUGCAGCACGUCUGAACACAGGGGUGAUCUUAUCGACGCUGGCGCGGAAUCGGCAUCGGUUUCUGAACGUGAGCUCUCUCUCUGUCGCUCUCACGGCGCCUGCCGUUCGCUAUCUCACUUCGACUAUGAACUGUUCCGUUCGAAAACUAAGAUCUGUAAUUUGUAUUUGUUUAUAUUUUGACGGAGUCGUAACUUGGAAUUUUUAGAAACACCAUUUUUUCGUAGGUGUAAUUAUAAGAUGUAAUUUAAUUGCUCAUUUUAUACCUAAAACGUUUAUUUACCCAUCCAUUAAGACAUGACAAAAGUAUAUAACCUAUUUAUUUUAAUUACUAUUUCUUCAGUGCAAUAAUUUUAUUAUCUCAACGAAUUUCAAGAAAGCAAUACCUAUUAAUCGGAAUAUUUCUUAUAUUUACAAAUAACAUAAUUUACUUAAUUUUCUUGCUUCUGUCAGUUUUAAAUGACAUCACAAAACUAAAAGAAAUUGUAGAAAUAAAAAAUUGGCAACAUUGUGGUGCCAUCCCGGUUCAAAACAGUGUAGUGUUGCCGCAUUUUGUUUUUUUUACCUUGCGCAUUUUUUGACUUAACAUCAAAUCAUGUUUAUAUUUAUUUUUACGCUGAAUAUCGUAUCUUGGGGCCACUUGGUAUUAAUAAAUGUUAGUGACUCGUUUGAUGCCAUUUGUCAAUAAGUUAUCGAUCUAAUCUUAGGUUAAUAGGCAUCAUAUUAGGUUGGUAAUUAUGACAGAUGGUGUCAACUCUAACGCAUCUCACAUUGUCAUAACAUAUCAGUGUUAAUUGUAAAAAUAUAAAUAAUUCAGUGUCGUGUCUAGUGGGUGGUAUUACUUGAUAAGUCGUUCAAAAUAUUGUUUUCCUUUAUUAAAUGAUUGUAUUAUUGAAGCUCACUGUAUUCGAAUCUCAGGAGUUCUAAGGCCACUUUUAAUCAAUUUUGUUUUCUAUUAUUCAUGUUGAAAUCAAUUGUUUUAUAGAGCUUAAUUCUAAGGCCACUUUUGUACGUAGAUUUAUUUUAUUUAUGGUUAUCGAGAGCCAUAAAAUCAUUUUGAAUCGGCUGUAUUAAGUUUACAUUGUCUAUGGUUUGUUGAAUUGUUUUACGAGCAUUUUUAGCCAUUAACGGUCUGUACUGGCCAUAUAAACAUCGGCGAGUAUUAUGAAAAAAAAAGUAUAAUUAAAAGCGUCCACACACGUUCUUAUUACACAACCACGACCUUGGUGCGGUCUGUAACAUGUCCGAUCGUGGUUGUAGUUUACCGUACCCAUAAAUAUUUUUCUCGCUAUGUGCCUCUCGCUCUAGCACAUGGAUAAAGAUAGACAUUAGAUUUCUUGACUUCAAACAGCCAGUACAAACAGUUUAUAUAC